AAGUCGAAUUCAUGUUCAGAAACUUUUAUCUGUCCGGGCCCAUUAUCAUCCUAGAGUUCAAAAUGUUCUUAAAACCCAUUUGGCCCUAUUAAACCGUAUGAGAAUUUGAGAUAAGGCACUUCCUUCUCACGUCUCUUUUUUCACCCUUUUCGAUUUUUUAAUUCUCCCUCUGGCUCUCCUAAUUUCUUUAAAGUUGAUUCAUGGGGUCAGAAGCGUCACCAUCUGUAACCAUCCAUUUGACUGGUUUUAAGAAAUUCCAUGAAGUUUCGGAGAAUCCAACCGAGAUAAUUGUCAGUAAGUUGAAAGAAUAUACAGCAAAGAAGGGUUUGCCAAAAGGUGUGAUUCUUGGCAGUUGCACUGUCCUUGAGACUGCAGGACAGGGAGCACUGCCUACACUAUAUCAGACACUGCAAUCUGCCUUAAGUGGCAAUGAAUCUGAAUCUUCAACUUCUAGAAAGACUAUUUGGGUACAUUUCGGAGUUAAUGGUCAUGCAAGUAGCUUUGCUAUUGAGCAGCAAGCAGUGAAUGAAGCUACUUUUGGUUUUCCUGAUGAGUUAGGAUGGCAACCUCAUGUAUUACCCAUUAUUCCUAAAAAUGGUGGAAUUACACAUGUACGAAAGACUUCUCUUCCAGUUGAGGAGAUAAGAGAGGGCUUGUCAAAGAAGGGAUUUGAAGUAAUGACUUCUGAUAAUGCAGGACAGUUUGUUUGCAAUUAUGUUUACUAUCACUCCCUCCACUUUGCUGAGCAGAAUGGAACCAAAUCGCUAUUUGUGCACGUGCCUCCCUUCUUGGUCAUGGAUGAGGAGACUCAAAUGCAAUUUACCCUGUCCUUGCUGGAGGUACUGGCUUCUUUAUGUCAGCAAACCUAAUAGUUUCUACUGGGCUUGUUAUGUCCUGGAAACUACACUGCUUAUGUUGCUGACCAUGUAUGUGAGGGUGGACCAAUGCUCGUUUAUCCAAUGGUUUGAAUAAACAAUUCCCGGCCAGUGUUUCUCCUGUGUUGCCUGAAAACGUCUCGAAAUGUUUCAUGUUUGCAUAUAUGAAUAACAUUCCAGUUAGCUGCUAAUGCUCCCUUUUACUGUCAUAAACCUACUAAUUGCUAGGGCAAUGCAAGAAUUCCGGUAUAAAGCUGUAAUGUCUUU